ACCACCAGCAGCAGGGCACCGGCGUGACAUUCACUGGGCACUCAGGGUUGUGUAAAGAAGAAAUACGAGUACCCUGUGCCCGAGCCAGUAGUUGUCAAAAUGAGAGUAUUACAGGCGAGUCUGUCUUUGGCUAAAACGCAUAUUUUGGCACCAGGAAGCGUCACUCUUAAAAAGGUGCUCAUCAACAGCUGUCGGACAUGUUCCUCUGGGAUCAUUCCCAACGAGAGGAUCCGCAACAUCGGCAUCUCUGCUCACAUCGACUCGGGGAAGACCACUCUGACCGAGCGUGUCCUUUAUUACACCGGCAGGAUAGCAGAGAUCCAUGAGGUGAAGGGGAAGGACGGUGUUGGAGCCACUAUGGACUCUAUGGAGCUGGAGAGGCAGAGAGGCAUCACCAUCCAGUCAGCUGCUACAUACACCAUGUGGAAGGAUCAUAACAUCAACAUCAUUGACACACCAGGUCACGUGGACUUUACCAUUGAAGUGGAGCGAGCGCUGCGUGUGCUGGACGGAGCCGUGCUGGUGUUGUGUGCGGUGGGGGGAGUGCAGUGUCAGACCAUGACCGUGAACAGGCAGAUGAAACGCUACAACGUCCCCUUCCUCACCUUCAUCAACAAGCUGGACCGCAUGGGAGCCAACCCUAGCAGAGCCCUGCAGCAGAUGAGAACCAAACUAAACCACAAUGCAGCCUUUGUGAGCAUCCCCAUUGGCCUGGAGGAUAACAUGCGUGGCAUCAUCGACCUUGUGGAGGAGCGGAGCAUGUAUUUCGAGGGGCCUUUUGGUCAAACUCUCCGCUAUGAUGAGAUCCCGGCAGAUUUCCGCGCUGAGGCUGCAGACCGCAGGGAGGAGCUGGUGGAGUGUGUGGCUAACGCCGAUGAAAUCCUGGGAGAGAUGUUUUUGGAGGAAAAGAUUCCAACUACAGAGGAGCUGAAGGCUGCGAUCCGCAGGGUCACAGUGCAGCGUCUCUUCACUCCAGUGUUGGUGGGCACAGCGUUGAAAAAUAAGGGGGUCCAGCCUCUACUGGACGCUGUCCUGGAUUACCUGCCGAACCCCACUGAAGUCAAAAACUAUGCUAUCCUCAAUGAAGAAGAUGGCAGUGAAACAUCAAAGAUUCAAAUGGACCCGACAAGAGACUCCUCAAACCCCUUUGUUGGUCUGGCCUUCAAACUGGAGGCGGGGCGGUUUGGCCAGCUGACAUACGUGCGGGUGUACCAGGGCUGUCUGAAGAAGGGGGAGUACAUCUACAACACACGCUCGAGCAAGAAAGUUAGAGUUCAGAGGCUCGUGCGCCUUCACGCCGACCAGAUGGAGGAUGUGGAUCAAGUUUAUGCAGGAGAUAUUUGUGCUCUGUUUGGGAUUGACUGUGCCAGCGGAGACACUUUUACAUCCAGGACCAGCGCCAAUCUCUCAAUGGAGUCUAUUCACGUCCCAGAGCCUGUCAUUUCCAUGUCAAUGAAGCCCACCAACAAGAACGAUAUGGAUAAAUUCUCCAAAGGCAUUAACCGUUUCACCAGGGAAGACCCGACGUUUAGGGUGCAUUUUGACACUGAGAGCAAAGAAACCAUCAUCUCGGGCAUGGGCGAGCUGCAUCUUGAAAUCUACUCCCAGAGGAUGGAGAGGGAAUACAAUUGUCCCUGCAUCAUGGGAAAACCCAAAGUGGCUUUCAGAGAGACGAUCACCAGUCCUGUACAGUUUGACUUCACCCAUAAGAAGCAGUCUGGCGGCUCUGGGCAGUACGGUAAAGUUAUCGGAGUCCUUGAGCCUCUUGAGCCAGAGCAUAGCACCAAGCUGGAGUUUGAAGACCAGACCGUUGGAACAAACGUCCCUAAGCAGUUUAUACCAGCUGUUGAAAAGGGCUUCAGGGAUGCCUGUGAGAAGGGGCCGCUGAGCGGGCACAAGAUCUCAGGAGUCAGGUUCGUCCUGGAAGACGGAGCGAAUCACUUGGUGGACUCCAAUGAGAUCUCCUUCAUCCGGGCAGGAGAGGGCGCUCUAAAGCAAGCUAUGGAAAAGGCCAACACGAUCAUCCUGGAGCCGAUCAUGUCUGUGGAAGUCGUAGCACCUCAGGAGUUUCAGGGAGCAGUCAUUGCUGGUGUAAACCGUCGGCACGGUGUCAUCACAGGACAGGAUGGAGCUGAGGGAUACUUCACUCUGUACGCUGAUAUUCCACUAAAUGACAUGUUUGGCUACGCCACAGAACUACGCUCCUGCACUGAAGGAAAAGGCGAGUACACCAUGGAGUACAGCAGAUACCAGCCCUGCCUGCCAGCCUCACAAGAGGAACUCAUCCACAAAUACCUGGAGGCGACAGGACAGCUGCCUGUGAAGAAGAACAAGUGGAAGAGCUGAAAACUGUCAAAUAUACCCAGAUGUGUACUACUGGACUUUAACACGACCGCCGACCCUCAUCUUUACACACAUUUCCUGCCCAUCAUCAACCGUGACUCGACAAUGAGGCUUUGAUUUGUGGAGCCAUGAAAAACUGACAUGUUACUCUUGUUUUAUAGUUGAAGCUACUUUUUCCCUCCCUGAUGUUUGACCCCUGUUGGAAGCAUAUUUAUUAUCUUGAUUUUAAAACAAUUUGACCUUGUUGGUAAGGAAAGCUCAGUGUUUUGAUUUGAGCUUGUUAUGGCUUUUGUACUAUGUACAGAACGGCCCUGAUGUAAGAAUGAGUGCAGCAAAGAUACGUCUGUCUUUUAAAGUUUCGUUCUGUACGGAUUAUUUACAUGUCAACAAACAACUUCUUACAAACACUUGAUUCUUGGAAACCCACUUCUUUUCUUGUGCAGCAGUAUUCUGUGUGGUCAUUUGUAGAUCUUCUACAUGAGCAGUACAUUUGCACACCAGGACACACGAUUACACACCAAAGUUACUGCAGCUAGUUCCU